AUGAGCCUGGUGUCGCGAGUGACAAGCUUAUUCGGAACGACAGCUACAGACUCAUCCACCCAGACGAAUCCUCCCUCUGCUCCCGCUUCAUCGGGUGGUAAUGGUAGCCCAGGAUACAGUGUUUCGACACCAACCAUAAACUUGCAGGGCCAGUAUGAUGGGGGGGAAUUUCAAGACUCCGGACGUGCCAAAAGACUGAAAACUAUGGAGACAUGGUCGGAACAAGAACAGGAUGAGCGGGAAUACAGGCCGCCAUAUUUGCAUUCAAUGCUUGCUGGUGGAAUUGGAGGCACCAGCGGGGAUAUGCUGAUGCAUUCAUUAGACACCGUCAAGACUAGACAGCAAGGAGACCCUCACAUUCCUCCGAAGUAUACGUCUAUGUCCUCAUCGUAUGCUAAGAUAUUCCGACAGGAGGGUAUAAGGCGAGGUUUGUACGGGGGAGUGACUCCAGCUUUACUUGGGUCAUUUCCAGGAACCGUUAUAUUUUUCGGCACAUACGAAUAUAGCAAAAGGCACAUGCUGGAUGCCGGAAUAAACCCUUCGUUAUCGUAUUUUGCGGGAGGCCUUAUUGCCGACCUAGCUGCAUGCUUUGUAUAUGUUCCCUCGGAAGUGUUGAAGACUCGACUACAGCUUCAAGGUAGAUACAACAACCCCUUUUUCCAGUCCGGAUACAAUUAUAGAUCAACAUUGGAUGCGUUUCGAACAAUUAUCAAACAAGAAGGGUUUUUUGCCCUAUAUUCUGGCUUCAAAGCGACGUUAUUACGAGACUUGCCAUUUUCUGCGCUACAGUUUGCCUUUUACGAACAAGAACAAAGGCUGGCGAAGGAGUGGGUCGGGAGUAGAGAUAUUGGGCUGCCGCUCGAAAUACUGACCGCCACGAGUGCUGGUGGUAUGGCUGGUGUCAUGACAUGUCCCCUUGACGUUGUCAAGACACGAAUACAAACGCAGCACUCCGACCCACAGCCAUCGAAAACUAGCAUUGGCGACAUUAAAGCUGCUUUUCAGGAAUCAUCUAAACACGUUCAUUCAUCCUCACCAUCAACAUCACAUUCUCAGAAUCAGUCACGCUUAAUAUCGACAUCCUCGCCAUCUACGUCUACGGUUAAACCCGGCGCUUUGAUUCUGGAUACAUCCUCCGUGUUCACCGGCCUAAAGUUAAUAUACAAGACGGAAGGCAUCCUAGGUUGGUUUCGUGGCGUGGGCCCUCGCUUCCUCUGGACUAGCGUGCAGAGCGGCACAAUGCUUGUUCUGUACCAGUUCCUGCUCAAGCAGAUGGAGGCUAGCUGGAGCGCACAGGAGUUGAGCAGUGCAUCUUCGUUGUGA